AUGGCGCCUUCGGUUGAAGAAGCUGACGCACACCAAGCACUCAUUAGCAAGUUAGAUAUAUAUUCAGUCCACAAACCAUUCCGAAACUCAAACUGGAAACCGACUCUGCGACGAAAUAAAAAUAUUAAAAACAUAUUAGGAGAAGCGGUUCGUAAAGAAGCGUCUCUGCUCGCAAACCUUGAAGACGGCAUCACUGUACCACCCCAAACCGAUGGUUCUACUCGUGCUGGCACUGCUUCAAACGAGUCUACGCAAGAACCUAGCAUUUCUCAGACAUCCCGAAACCCUUCCAAGCUCGUAUCAGAAAAGAGCUCUAGAUCGAAUGGUCUAAGUAGCGGACCUAAUCUAACCUACACAAAUAUUGAGUCUGCUCCCUCACUCGCCCAUUCGAAACACUACUGCGAUAUAACAGGGCUUCCAGCACCAUACACCGAUCCAAAGACACGUUUAAGAUAUCAUAACAAAGAAAUAUUUGGCACAAUAAGAUCUUUGGGUCCUGGUGUUGCAGAACAGUAUUUAGAGGCUCGCGGAGCUCACACUAUCUUGAAAUAA